AGUUUUAACAGCAACAAAAAAAACUUAAAUUAAUGAUAAAAUGACUAAUAAUAAUAAUAUGGAUAAGAAACGGGAGCGUCAAUACCCGAUACCCGAAUUUCGGACAAUAUUUCCUAUUAAAUGUAAUCCGUUUAACGAGGACAGCAAACGUACGGCCGAACUAACCAAAUGGUGGUCAGAGUAUGCACUGUUGCCUGAAAUCAACUACAGGCGCCGUGUGGCCGACUCGAUGCUCCUGUUUGGUGCCCACUUUUUUGCCCGUUGUACCGAUUGGACGCGAUACGCCAAUUUGGUCAAAUGGUUAGGCUAUUUGUUUGUCUGGGACGACCACAACGAAACCGAGUACGGCGAGUUUGGCCGCAGUAACCGUAUGGCCCGGCCAGUAGCCGACCAGUAUCUACAGUGUAUCGACCGAUUGGAACGUAUGUUUGACAUGAAAAGCACCGAAACUAUCGCUACCAACAACAACAUCAACGGUUCCGAUACCGCAGCGGCAGCCGAUUAUAUACCAAUGAAUACAUGGAAACCGUACGUAUUGUCCACUUAUGCUACCGUCGAAGCCAUUAUGCAAGACAUGACUGGUUUACAACGUCUGAGAUUUAUAGACUCCUGGCGUCGGUAUCUUCGGGCACAGGACUAUGAGAAUCAACUUAUUGAACAAAAAUUUGUCGACUUUGAUAGCAUUAAAAAGAACCGUAAGAAUAGCGGUGCUAACGAAACGGUUAGUGCACUGUUAGAGUAUUCGGACGGACUGUGCGUACCUGAGCGGGAAUGGCUGGACCCGAGGUUACAGCGAUUGAUGUAUUUGUUUAACUAUACGGUUAUCUAUAUCAACGAUGUCUAUUCGUUUGAAAAGGAACUGUACGAUCAAAAUGGACAGUUAGAUCGGAUGUUUGUCAAUAUAGUUGCCUACUAUGUAUUGGACGGGAAAUGUUCAAUACGGGAGGCAAUGGAUAAAACUUUGGUAAUUUGUCGGCAAUAUGAACACGAGUUUGACCAGUUGGCCAAAUCGGUAGCCAAUGAUCCGACGGUGAGCUCCGAUACUAAACUCUACGUUCAAGGGUUGGCCAAUUUAAUUGCCGCCAACUAUCAAGUAUCAAUUACAUUGAAUAGAUAUAAUAGUAUUGAAUAA